GUUUCCAUAGUUCCACACAAGACCUCAAGCCAUAAAGUGGAGCAAAGCACACACAGACAGACAGGUGCAGCCCGGGAUGGGUCAGGACCAGGAGGAGUUUGCAACUUUGCACUCUUAUAGACGUUGGAAUAUGCUCUUCGUGUGAUUUAGUCUGCUUUCAGCCGUCGGAUGCAUUCUUCCUCGAAUGCAAACAUAGUCAUGUUUAUUAGAACAACGUGCCUGCUCCACUUUGUGGUGUCCCUGUCCAAACUGGUUUGCUGCAUGGAAAGUGAACUUUGCUUCCCGGUCAGACUGAACAUCCAGCAGCAGCAGCAGCAGCAGCGUGAUGGUGGGUGGGAGCCUGACGACUACGUGGAUGCUCUCAAUGGGAAAUGUGUGCUAAGAAUUGAAGCUUUCCACCUGGAGUUAGUGCUGGAUUUACAGCAAGACUCCAACUUUAUUGGCCCUAAUUAUGUGUCCGGCCAUGACGCGCCGUGGCUCUCCGGUACCGGUGUGACCACAGACCUCAGCCGGUGUUUUUACUCCGGUCAAGUGAAGGGUGACCGCAACUCUUACGCAGCUGUGAGCUUGUGCAAAGGUGUGCAAGGUGCAUUCGCCUACCAAGGCUGGGAGUAUUUCAUCAGCCCUGUGCGUAACGACACCAGCAGUGCGAGCAGCGCGCACGUCGUCCGGCGCAGAAACAGCAGCGACUCCAAGCCCAAUUCCACCACAAAGUGUGCAGUGGACACUGACAUCAGCCACCAUUUCGCGCGGCUAUUAGGGAAAUACAAGAGCGUCAAAGACGAGCGCAAUGUGACCCAAACCAUGCUGAGAAGGAUGGGGAGAAGCAAGCGCUUCGCGUCGGUGCCGAGGUACGUGGAGACCUUGGUGGUGGCGGACCAGACCAUGGUCGAGUUCCACGGCGACAACCUGAAACAUUACAUCUUGACGCUCAUGUCGGUGGCGGCGCGCCUCUACAAGCACCCGAGCAUCCUCAACUCCAUCAACAUCGUCGUCGUGAAGAUUGUGAUAAUAUUCGAGGUGGACAAGGGACCCAAAGUGUCCUCGAACGCCGCCAUGUCACUCCGGAACUUUUGUACUUGGCAGAAAAAGAUGAACAAGCACAACGAUAAGCACGCAGAAUACUGGGACACGGCCAUACUUUUCACUAGACAGGACCUUUGCGGUGCCUCCACAUGUGACACCCUCGGUAUGGCGGAUGUCGGCACCAUGUGCGAUCCCAAGAGGAGUUGCUCUGUGAUCGAAGACGACGGCCUCCCUUCGGCCUUCACCACAGCUCACGAGCUCGGACACGUCUUCAACAUGCCGCACGACAACGUGAAGGCCUGCGAGGACGUGUUUGGGAAACUGCAGGAUAAUCACAUGAUGUCUCCUACGCUCAUUCAGAUCAAUCGCACCAGCCCGUGGUCGCCCUGCAGUGCUGCCAUCAUUACUGAGUUUUUGGACAGUGGUCAUGGAGAAUGUUUGCUGGAUCAGCCACAGAAACCCUUGGGCCUCCCAAACGCCCUCCCCGGAACGUCCUACCUGCUGGAGCGGCAGUGUCAGCUGGCCUUUGGUGAAGAUUCCAGACCCUGUCCUUUCAUGCAGCCGCCAUGCGUCCGUCUGUGGUGCACAGGGAAGUCCAAUGGCCAGUUGGUGUGUAUGACUCGACACUUCCCCUGGGCGGACGGCACUCACUGCGGAGAUGGAAAAGUCUGCGACCGAGGGAUCUGCUCCGACAAAGAGGACUACAGUGUGAAAGUGGACGGUCGCUGGGGUAAAUGGGGUUCUUUUGGAUCGUGUUCUCGCACAUGCGGAGGUGGAGUCCAACUGGCCAAAAGGGAGUGCAACAACCCAGUUCCAUCAAAUGGGGGCAAAUACUGCCAAGGGGUUCGAAUCAAAUACCGCUCCUGCAACCUGAACCGCUGCCCUGACAUAGAUAAGACGUAUCGGGAUGAGCAGUGUGAAAUGAGCGGCCGCAGCUUCAGCAGCAACCACAUCGCCCCUUCUGUGGUGUGGGUACCAAAGUACUCCGGAGUGAGUACCGAUGACAGAUGCAAACUCAUCUGCAGGGCUAACGGAACUGGCUACUUCUACGUUCUUGCACCUAAGGUUGUGGAUGGAACGCCGUGCUCUCCAGAAUCCCUGGGAGUGUGUGUUCAAGGAAAAUGCAUCAAGGCUGGUUGCGAUGGAAAAAUUGGCUCAAACAAGAAGUUUAACAAGUGUGGAAUCUGCGGCGGUGAUAACAAAAACUGCAAGAAGGUGUCGGGGCUCUUCACAAAGCCCUUACACGGCUACAACUUUGUGGUCAUAUUGCCAGUGGGCGCGGCCAACAUAGACAUCCGUCAGCGAGGAUACCAAGGAAUGCUGGGUGACGACAACUACUUGGCGGUGAAGAACAGCGAGAGUCGGUAUCUGCUCAAUGGCAACUACGUGGUGUCGGCAGGCGAAAGGGACAUCAUUGUGAAGGGCAGUUUGCUGCGCUACAGCGGCACCACUGGCAUCUCCGAGAACCUCCAGGCUGUAAAUCCCUUGGGCGAGGCCCUCACUGUGGAGGUGCUGUGUGCAGGGAACUUGACGCCGCCUCGCAUACGCUACUCUUUCUACCUGGCCCGUCAGAACAAAGAUGACAAGACUCUGAAGAAAGACGCUGGUGUGAAAUCCCACAACAGUGUUCUGGCUGAUGACGGUGACAAGGAGAAGGGUGUGAACACCUUGAAGAAACCUUACAGCAAAGAGGAGCCUCCUCUUGAGAAAUGGACAUCCACAACCUGGGAUGAAUGCUCAGUGAGUUGCGGCGAGGGUUUUCAGAGGCGAAUGGUGCAGUGUUUAAGAUCAGACGGCUCGCCGGGAUUGAAAUGCGAUCCGUCCCAAACACCGUCAGCCAUCAGAGCUUGUGGAGACCCAUGUCCAGAGUGGCAUAUUGGCCAGUGGGCGCCUUGCUCCAGAACCUGCGGGAAAGGCUUUAAGAGACGACCACUGAGCUGCAGAGCCCAAACAGGACAUGCACUUCCAAGGGACCACUGCACUGGCUUACGUAAACCACAGGAGCUGGACUUCUGUAAACUAAGGUCUUGCUAGGAACUCCAAAAAAAACCUAUAUUAGGACUAAAUAGACAUUUCCCACAUACAUCCCGACACACCUAGCAAGGUAGGGAGGGUGAGCGGCGUAGAAUGAAUGCUGUCAUAUAUUUUCCCCAACAUUUAGACUGUUAUCUGAAUCCACUCCCGACAGAAGACCAACACUGAACAAAGUCACUAUAGAGCUGACAUAUGUUAGCAAGCUAUUUAUCUUGCUUAUCAGUCUGGAAACCAUUUCAUGUCAUAAUGUUUUUAAACGUGGGAUUUUGUGCAGCCUUUGUCUAGCGUGACAGAUGCAAAAACAUUUUUUUAUUUGACCAAUUUGUCAAACACAAUGUGACUAAGCCCCUGUUCCCACUGCAGGUCAAUCCAUUUUGUUUUUGACCAUAUGAGACCUGUAUUGGAUUUUUUUAACGUCAGUGUGAACAGGGCAAUUCCAAAUUUUCCAUAUCCGACCAAGGCCUAUUUCGUAUGUGAAUAUAAAUCGGAUAUAUAUGCGAUGCAUCCUUAAUGUGAACAAUCCCACGCUCUGGUCGCACUCAUUUGACCAGAAUGACUUCAAAAAGCGAUAACCGUCAUCAUUCUUUGCCAAAAUAGAUGGCUACAACAUAAACAGUGGUGGAAAUAGUUGAAAUUAUUAUGUUUUAGGGACUCAAGUGAAAGUUCCACCACUCUCGUCUCCGACUGCUCGUCCACACGCUCUUCAAGCAGACAUCAUAGUCUAGGUACUUGUUUGUAUUUGUUUCAGAAAAUGUUGACAUUGAUGACACAAAAUCAAUGAAACUACCACAAAUUCGCCAGUGCUGAGACCAACAAGAGUUGGAGACAUUUUUACUUCAAUAAACACUGCAGUACGUGCGACGUCAUGUCUGCCUUGACAUUAAAAAUGACAUUUUUUUUGUAAGGUAAACGACCACUAAAAAGAUCGGUUUUGACAAAAAAAAAAAUGAAUUGGACAUCCAACUCUGCAGUGGGAACACAGCCUAAUUUCACCUUUUUCUGGCAUGUUAUUUAAUCCUAGAUUACAUUUGUAACAAAAAAUAUCAUGGUUUCCUUUUUAUGAGUUAGGGCCUAUUUUCCCAUUUGGUUAAGUGAAAAAAGUUGUGCACCUGCGCAGAUUCUGCCGGCACGACAUUCUCCCCCUCAACUAAAGGGAAACUGCCCUUUUUUGGGAAUUUUACCAAUCAUUCACAAUCCUUAUGCAAAUACAAUUUUAUUUUGUAUGAAUUGUAACUCGGAAAUAAACUUAAAUGAAAGUCAGCUAACAAUGGAGCCUUCGGGAGUCGCUAUCUUCCACCAACAAAGUGCUCUAAAAAAAACAUAUACAUGUAAAUAUAUGUUAUAUAUUUAAUGUAGUAACAGGCACAUUCAUAAUAACAUGUAAUAUUUACAUAUUUUUUUAAAUCAUUUUAAGCAUACGGCUGGGCAUUAAUUCUAUAGGCGCAUCAUAGCGUUUGCUUUUUCAUUUGAUAACAACUACUACUAAUUAUGGCACACCUCACAAGAGCCAACAAACAUAAUAAAAUCAUGUACUGUACAAUGUCUGCCCUCACAUGGAUGCCGAAUGUUGGGAUGUUUAAAUCUUGCCGUUUAGAUGAAGAAUUAAUCAUAAUCCUUGCGAAAAGGGUUGAAAAAAAUAAAUUAGCAUCUUUUUGUGUCUUUCUCAUCUGGGCGUAUAAGUGGAAAGUCACAGAUGACCAACUUCUCAGUUCAUGGCCACAACCUUUUUCAAUCUUGGUGAGAGGCAUGAUUUCGUUAAUAUUCAGGUCACAAGAUGUAAAUGGGGUAUUGUGGUUGCGUUUUGGAUGCAUUUUUAGAGUGAUUUAGAGGCAAAUAGGAUGAAUCCCAUUAGCACUGUUGCUUGCCACCAAGAACGUGCCAAUUAUUCAAAAUUAAAAUGCAAAAAAAAACAUGUGUUCUUGUCACUCAAUAAGGAUUGGGAAUUGUAGACACAAUUCCAAAAAAGUGCAGUUCCCCCUUAAGUCUGUCACAGCAAGCCUUCGUCUAAGGUGCACACUUUGGGUGGAGCAACGCUUAAGUGUUGGCAAUCCCACAUUGGUUGUAAUAAAAUAUCACAAAUACUAUUAUAUUGGUUAUAAUAAAAGAGGAAAAUAGUUUCAUCCACAGAUUAUUAUUCUAAUCCAGCCAGGAAGAAGACACUGUUGUAGCUUGCACACACUACUUUUAAUAAACUCUUAAAUGCCCUUACUUAAAGACCCUUACUGCAUAAACUACACAUUUUAUCCCCAUAAUAAGAAAACUACAUACUAUAUGCAGCUUUUAUUUUGAUCUACAUUUUUGCUUGAUCGGAAUUCCAAAAGCACUGUGUACGUGGACACUAGAUACAUUUAUCUGAUCAUGUUGCGCGUAUACAUGCGGCGAGCGUUUAAUCAGAAUACACAUCUUGGUUGUCGGAAAUAGUAGAAGACUACUUUCGCCAAUGUUGAAAACAAAAGUCCUGUUCUUUGGGCCUCACAAGUAAAAUGUCUCCUCUCUGGCGUGUCUGUUUAAGUAAUUUUUCAAAUUCAUUAUUUUUAUUAACUUGCUUUUACAACUACGUGUUUCCAACCUUUCACCACAAGGCCUUCAACAAUCCUGAGUUCUUUUUAACAUUUCAAACAUGAAGAAACAAACAUUGACAUUGAUGCUGUUUGGAACAACGGUCGGCAAAAACCACCCCUCUCGUUUUAAAUUAAGUUUAUUUCCGAAUCGUCCAUAUCGGAAUAAAUAUUCUGAUAAACGUGUUCUAAAUCUUAUUGGACCUUUAUUCUGAUUUUUUUGUGUCCAUGUAAGUACAAUUAUUUUCUGCCCAGCCUAAUUUCAACAUCAGUCACCACAAAAAAAGACUAUGCUGCUUUUUCUGCACACUCGAUGAAAUCCUAUAAAUCAUGAUGUUAUUCUUAUGCUGUUCCUUUACAGGCCCACGUUGUCCAGUACAACAUCCAGCCACAUGAUGGAUCCUUUUAUAGUCAGAUUUGUAUUUCUAUUGUGUAAUUUCAUCUGCUUUUGCACUUUGUACAGCAAAAGAAAGUUUUGACUUAUAAGGGCUGUACUGUAUACUAUGUAUACAUUUAUUCAGCUCUGUGCAAAAAAAACAACAUGUAAAUAUGUUUUUAAUCUUUUUUUAAACACAACUGAAUUGUUUUUGAAUAUAUUUAUUCCAAAUACAGCCUUGAAUAAAAAUGUGGAGUUGA